AUGACCCCAUCGGACGGGCGUCUGCAGUGCAUUUCGUACACGUUGUACGGGGCUCGCUCCCAACGCCUUGGGACUGCUGCGCAAGGAGAUGGACCGUCAACCGCUGUCCACGAGCCAGUGGAAAUCAGUCGGCAUAUGUUUUGCCGGGUUGGGUUGUCGCUGCGUCGUGCUACGCCAACAUUCUCCUUUAUUUCAAACAUGACACCGAAUAUGUCAGUGUGA